AACAACUACACAUUCUACUCUGGCGACGGUUCUCCGGCGGACGGAUGGCCGACCACAAAUCAGUGGAUAUCCUUUGAGGGAAUGUGGGCUGCCAACGAACCCACAAUCGCGAUUUCCUGCACUCAAUUUGCGGAGCAGAAUCCCUCGACCACCGAGAUCAGCGAGCUGAAGGCUGCCAUUCAAAGCGUCGGCGCAGCUGCAAGCAUCGAUCCACGAUUCAUCCUCGCUGUGGUGAUGCAGGAGAGCAAGGGCUGCGUUCGUGUCAUUACCACCAACGGUGGCGUUGUCAAUCCUGGUCUCAUGCAGUCGCAUGAUGGAUCGGGGACUUGCAAUUCAGGCGGCAUUGGAGGACCUGGAUUGGUUCCAUGUCCCAACAGCGAGAUUGUCCAGAUGAUCAAGGAUGGAACUGAUGGCACUUCAUCUGGGGAUGGGCUGCAGCAGUGCCUGUCGCAAUCGCCGGGAACCACCUUGUCUCAAAAGGUGUACCAGGCCGCCACAAUCUACAACUCGGGCAACCUUCCAGCAAACCUUGACGACAACACCUCGACUAAAUGCUAUGCUUCUGAUGUCGCGAACCGCUUGACAGGCUGGACAACGGCCCAGACGAAGUGUUAUUUGUGA